AUGCGACACCCGGUAGAUUCACCAACUUGGAAAACAAUCGAUGAUAAGUGGCCAUCUUUCUCAGCAGACCCACGGAAUCUAAGACUUGGUCUUGCUACUGAUGGUUUCAAUCCAUUUCGGAAUUUGAGUUCGACGUAUAGUUGUUGGCCCGUUAUGUUGGUUAUGUACAACUUGCCACCUUGGUUAUGGAUGAAAAAGGAAAAUGUUUUGUUGACACUUUUGAUCCCAGGACCUAAGCAACCGGGUAAUGAUAUUGAUGUAUAUCUACGACCUCUUAUCGAAGACCUACAGAUUUUGUGGACCAACGGAGCACCUGUCUAUGAUAGGUUCACUAACUCUACAUUCAAUUUGAGGGCAAUUUUGAAGUGGACAAUGCAUGAUUUUCCAGCAUAUGGAAAUGUUGCCGGGUGUACGACAAAGGGUAAAUUUGCAUGUCCUAUUUGUGGUGAAAAUACACGUUUUCUAUGGCUGAAAUUCAGUAGGAAAACUGUAUAUUUGUGUCAUAGGUGCUUUCUUCCACCGUCUCGCCCCUUUAGGAAGAAAAAAUCAUGGUUUGAUGGAAAGGAAGAAAAGGGGAAAAAACCUAGAAUCAUGACUGGCAAACAAAUUUUGCAUGCUCUGAAAGAUAUUAAGAAUGAUAGGGGGAAAGGUGGAAACGGAAAAGAAGGAAAUAGAAAACGAAAGCGAGACAAUGAAGAUAAACAAAGGUGGAAAAAGAGGUCAAUCUUUUUUGAUUUAUCAUAUUUUGAGGAAUUGCUAGUACGUAAUAACUUGGAUGUCAUGCAUAUCUGUAACGCCCCGAUUUUUGGCCUUAUUGGUACGUCGUUGGAUAUUAACGGAAAAUCCAAGGAUGGUUUAAAUGCUCGCAAGGAUAUGCAAGAUUUAGAAAUAAAACACGACUUGCAUCUGCAAGAUCGAGGGUCUAGGACAUAUCUUCCUCCAGCUUCCUAUACACUUUCCAAGGAUGAGAAGCGAAUAUUUUGCAAGAGGUUGUUUGACUUAAAAGUACCUGAUGGGUAUAGUUCAAAUAUUGGGAAUUGCGUAUCAAUGGAUGAAUUGAAGGUCACGGGUCUCAAAUCUCAUGACUAUCAUGUGCUAAUGCUUCAGUUGUUGCCUAUAGCCUUAAAGAGGUUACUACCAACAGGACCGAGAAAUGCAAUACUUCGCCUUUGCGCAUUCUUCAAUAGAUUGUGUCAAAGAGUUAUUGAUCAAGAAGAAAUGGCAUCCAUUGAGGAUGAGGUGGUUGAAACGUUAUGCAUGCUUGAGAGGUUCUUUCCACCUUCGUUCUUUGAUAUCAUGGGGCACUUAACAAUUCACUUAGGAGGAGAAGCACGACUUUGCGGGCCAGUCCAAUAUCGUUGGAUGUACCUUUUUGAGAGACAUAUGAAGAUAUACAAGCAAAGUGUUGGGAAUCAUGCACGACCUGAAGGUUGUAUAGCUGAACGCUACCUCGUAGAAGAGUGCAUAACGUUUUGCAGCCGACACAUGAAAUCUGUGGAAACAAACACUAGGGGACCUCGCAAUCAAGAUUUUAAGAACGAUGUAAUUCUUGAAGGUCGUCCAAUAUCAGCUGCCACAUCCAUCACAUUGACUGAUGAAGUUUUAGAAAGUGCACAUCGUUACGUGUUAUUCAAUACAGCCAUAGUGGAACCUUAUUUGGAGAUGCAUAUAGAGGAGUUAAAGAAUUCGGAUGCUAGUCUUGGUCUUCAAAAAAAUUAA